CAAAACCAGCAGAUUAUUAGAAGAAUUCGCCAAAGUCCGGUGCUGUUCCAAAAAGCUAUACCGGACGAUAUCAUCUGAUCUGAUCUGAAGAGAGGAUGGGACAGUGGAAUACGUGAUGCUGGAAUGUGAGGAGUACACAUGAUAGAGACAAUGCGAGUGAUUCUGACUGAUCUGAGAUAUAAUAGGAAUGAAGAGUAGAAAAAUAGGAGGGGGUUACAGCGGGUAUUGAAAAGAGAUGAAUAAAAGGAUGAUUGCGGCAGUGAGAAUUCUUGGAGAGAAUGUUUUAUGCUAGAUGUAGGAAUUGAUGAUGUGGUGGAUACCGUUUAUUUAUUUAUUUACUUUUUUUUUCUAGAGGAGGUGUCGUUAAACUUGUAAAGGUUUGACGUAGGAGCAAUCCAGUGUUAUCCGUAAAAUGAAGAUCAAGAUUAAAAUCCGUGAAACAUAAACAAACCCGGCAAGAAAGCGUGGUGUGAGGUGCCACUGCCAUCACAAGAGGACAAGGUUGAGCAAAGGACAGUUAAUUAAGCGACAGGAACAGUUUGCAGCCACUCACCAACUUGGGAACUAACUGAAACCCGAACACAGUGGCAGAACAAAAUGCCACUAAAAAAGAAUCUCAUUGAAGAAGGAUGUGUGGUGAUGGUGCAGAAAGGGGCAUACCUCAAAACCUGCAGAGUGUUUUCUGGAAGGUCGUACACAUUUGGGAAACGUGGAGAUGGCCAGUUCACUUUAAACCUGGAUGGUGCCCUUGGCUGUCCCUUUGGCUCUUCCUUCCGCAUGGACAGGGUAUCCAACAAGAUGUUCAGCAUAACCAAGAUUGAAAAUCCAGUCAUUUCUCUUGAUAUUGUAACAGAGGGAGGAGUGGACAACAGGGACUUGCAGGAUGACGGGCGCUCACAGAAACUGACACCUGAUGAAAUAAUCACGUUGAAGAAUAAAGGCCUGACAGGCAAAGAGGUUAUUCAAGUCAUUACUGAAAACAGUUCUACCUUUAAGGACAAAACAGUAUACUCACAAGAGAAAUAUGUAAAUAAAAAGCAAAAGAAGUAUGGUGAAACAAUCACCAUUCACAAACCUACCAUACGCCUCCUGAAUGACAUGUACUACACCCAAGAUCCCCUGAAAAUUGCGAAUCUUCGUAUUGACACACUGUCUCAGCUUCUGUGCCAUUCUAAUGUUCAGGCUGGUGGUAACUUUGCUGUCUUUGAGUCUGGGUCUCAGGGGCUGGUGACAGCUGCCAUGCUACAGCGUAUGGGCACCGUGGGCCACUUAGUGCAGGUGUAUCAUGGUGCACAUCCUCAGAGAGAAGCGGUGGAUCUAAUGAACUUCAGUGAAGAAGAGUUGCUUGUGUUGUCCUUCAUUAACGUGACUAAGUUACCUGAGGCCACGCAAAGGGACAGCCUCACCACCACCACUGCCACUACCAAUACCAACACCACCACUACUACUAACUCCAACACCACCACUACUACCACUAGCAUCACUACUGCAGAGCCAAUGGACACAAAUGAGGAGGACGAGACAAGAAAGGAAGAAACCCCUCACAGUUCAAAAAGUGAUGAACAGAAGCAUACAAAUGAAGACAGUGAAGAGAACCUAAUCCAAAAAGAUAAUGAAAAACUUGACUGUGAAAGCCAAGAGAACAAAGAUCAGCAUGUGAACGGUAAAAAGAGUGAAAAACAGGAUCAGGAAACGCAAAAAAGUGGAGAACAAGCAAAAAAACCUUCUAGGCCACGAAAAUUUGUUCGGACUCAAGUGGAAGAUGUUAGUAUGUCAUCAUCAGUGUUGGAACAAGGCAUCAUGGGGUUGGUGGUGGCCUGCCGGCAGUACCCAAAUGAUGUCGUCAAGGAAUUGAUGCCAUUCCUCCAUCCUGGUCACUCCUUUGUUGUAUUUUCUCCUUAUAAAGAGCCUUUAAUGGAGCUGUAUUCUGAGGUGAGGACACUGGGAGGCACCAACAUGAGGCUGAGCGAAACAUGGUUACGUCACUACCAGGUGCUUCCUCAGCGCACACACCCUGCCAUCAACAUGUCAGGUGGGGGAGGCUACCUUCUCUAUGGUACUAAGGUCCUCAAAUAAUCCUAGAAGAGGGUGUUUGAUCAUGUUUUCUCUAGGAGAUGUGCAGUAACAGGUGACUAUGCUGCCAACACUACCAAAAUUAUUAAUGAGGUAUUAAAAGAUUAAUUUCUGUUGGUCUUUACUGAGGAAAAUUUCAAAAGUCAGCCCAAAGUAAAUCAGAUAUUUAGAUUGAGAGGAAAAAAUUAACUGAUAUUUGCAUGAUCAUGAAAAACUCUGAGGGAUGGACACCCUGAGAAAAGCUGAUUCAUCAGGAACAGAUGUGACCUUUCCUUGUUUUGUAAAGGAAUGAGGGGAUGUACCUGGCAUAUCAGUGAUGAAAUUAUGUAAGAAGUCAGUAAGUAUGGGUGUAGUAUCUAAUAUAUGGAGAUAACACUUAUGUAGUUCUAAUACUUAAUCCACAACUACUGCAAUGAAUUGCAGGCUUGUGACUCAUAAAAGGGAUGGAUGGAUCUUCAUCAACAACAACUGGGAUUGCUUUUGCUGAAGAGACACCAUGUAUGUCAGGGAUGGAGUGCACCUUUGAUGCCAGAAUGUUUAUGGUCAUUGUAUUGGUAGAUGAUGGGAUGGUCAGGAAUUACUGAGAAAAGUAAAAAAAACAAUUAUUAUAAAAAGUAAAAAAAAAAAAAACAAUAAGAGAUUAAAGAAAACCAUAUACAGGGAGGUCCCAUUAUACAAGCAUCUGUUAUACGAGAGACCAAUGAUACAAGAUGUGUAAAUUAAGGACUAUUUUCUUUAUGCAGGCGUAAAAAUAUGAUGAGAUGAGCAUCAGUCCAAGCUAAGUAAAAUUAUAAGGUUUAAAAUGGGUGUCUUCCUACAUCCUUCCACUAACACAUCAUUAACUUGGAGGAUAAUAAUGGAGAAAUACUGACAGUAAUAACAAACUAUGCACCAUCCAAAACAAAUUCUUGGAACAAGGAAGAAUAUGAGAAAAUAACAAGAUAUCAUUCAUUGUUUGAGUAAAUUAAUCAAAAGUAAUAAAAGAGUCCUAUUGGUUGGGAAAAUUAAAUCUUAGACCACGAAUGUUGCAGAAAUUAAUGAAGAAAAAGUUAAGGGGGGUGUCAAGACACUUAGGGUCGUCGACAGAAAGGCAGUCCGAUCUGGGGACAUUUAUGGUCCCCUCCCCAGGUGGGAACUCCGAGGCUGGUGUAGGAGUCGCCAUGAUGAUUUUAAAAUUUUUGAGUGAAGGGUGUGUGUGUUAUUAGGUGCUUGUAGUUUUGUGUGGAGGAAGAGAGUUGUCUUUAGAGGGCAGGCUGUGACUGCCCCCUUGUGUUGUGAGACACAAAGGGAAACGUUCAGUGAGGUCAGAGCUGGGUUUAAUGAUAAGUUCACAGCACCCCCUGAACAGUGCUUCAGUCCUCACUGGGAGUAAUUAUCGUUUCGGCAAGUGUCUACUGCCUCCUUCUGGUGGUAAAAGAUGUAAAAUCAAAAGAGAAAAGUAGAUAGUGGAGUACCACAAGGAUCAGUGCUUGCACUGAUACUUUUCCUGGUCUGCACAUAUUAUAUGCCUGAAGAAGUAGAGUUACAUGAGCUUGUUUGCAGGCAAUUCAAAAUUACAAAGACAUAUAAGAAGCAACAAAGACUGAAAUCCUACAAGAGGAUUUGAAUAAAAUCUGGGACUGGAGUAAGAAAUGGGAAAGGGAAUUUAAUGUGAAAAAAUGUCAUGUAAUGGAAAUGAGAAAAAAGUGAAAGGAGACCAAAAUGGACAUAAAAUGUGAAAUGAAGAAAUAGUGAAAGUAAGAAGAGAAAGUUCUGGGAGUGAUAAUACAGGAUAAUCAACAGUCUGAGAAGCAUGUAGAAAGGAUAUUCAGAGAUACAUAUAGAAUGGUGAAAAAUAUUGGAACAGCAUUCCACUAUAUGGAUAAAGAUAUGAUGAGAAAGUUAAUUACCACCAUGAUUAAAUCAAAGAUGGAAUAUGCUGAAUCAGUGUGGUCUCCACACAAGAAGAAACAUGUGAAAAGACAAAAUUUCUGAUUGGGGCAGAGCAAACUUAGUAUUGUUCAAUACAAAGAUGGUGCAAGAACUGGAAGAAUUAAUAUAUGAAGAAAGGUUAAAGGAAAUGAAUCUGCCAACAUUGGAACAAAGAAGAAAAAGGGAGGAUUUAAUACUAAUUUAUAAACUAGGGAAGAAAGUGGAAGAAAUAGAUAAUGAGAAACUGCUGCUAAGACAAGUAGGAAAUACCAUGAGGACACCAAAAAACUAAGAAAAGGAAGAUGCUUGAGUAACAUAAAGAAAUAUAGUUUCCCACAGAGAACAAGCUAAGUAAGGAUGCAGUAUCAGCAAUAAGUGUGCGCAGCUUUAAGGAAAAACUGAACAAGUGUAGACAUGGAGACAGGACCACACAAGCAUGGUUCAGGCUCUGUAAAUUACUACUAGAUAAAUACAUCCAGGCUGUAUGGUGAUGUACGAUGAUUCAGAGGCACAGAGAUGAGUUUGUGAGCACUGGAAGAGAACUGUGCACCCCUCCUCUGUCUCUUACCCACCAUUCAUUCUCCUGCCUGUUCUCUUUUAAACUGGAAUUGGUGUCUCUCAGACUUCCACCAUUACAGCCUUACUGCUCGUUAUUAUACUCGUACUUUAUUAUCAUUUUGCUUGCAAGCAUAUUUGUGUGACUGAUAGAUGCUUGGAUGUUACAGCUGGCGUGUUCUUUCAUUCGCUGUCUUUGGUAUGGUGCCUUGUGUGUAUAGAUUGUGUCUUAUUUUGUUUCUCAUGUGCUAGUUAUGCCUCUCAAGCAACCAAUGAGUUCCAGUCCAAGUCCUGACAGUAAGGCUAAGCAACCUAGGGUGCCACUAAAAUUUGCAAAGAAGGUAGAAAUUGUUGAGGCAUGGGAGUGGAGAGUGAGUUACCCUCCCUAACACAUUAACUUUGCAUUGGUGAGUGUUGCUCACAUUUUGUAUAUUUACUUAAUAUGAAAUCAUGUUCUUUGUAUGCUGAUUUCUCUUUCAGGUUGCUUUAUCAACAGUUCUGUAAUAUAUACAUACUUGUUGCAUUUUGUAUCAUACAUUUUAGCUUGAAAACUUACUUUUAACAAAGGUCAUGGAACCUACUUAACUCCUUUUUUUAUCAUUAGUUAUGUGUUUUGUUAAAUGAGAAUUCACUAUACAAGCAAUUUAAAUAGAACCUAA